CACCAACCAACGGACCAACAAUGGCCCCUCAUCAAACGGUCGAAUCCUUCACCUAGUAUGCUACGGUAUCUACGAUUAGCGAGCGGCUUAUACACAGCUGGGCACGCUAGAGCGAUGACUAUGCUCUCUACCGCCCUCGUAUCGCCGUCGUAACCAUGUAGCUGGCUACAAUCAGCUCUCAAGCCCUAGCAGAAGGUUUCAAUCUAGGUGUCUAGCACCGAACCGGACCAGCGGACUCUCAAACCGCCAUGCGCUCUCUGCAAUCUGCAUGUGCUUGACAGGAGCCUCUCUAUUCAGACCUUCCACACAGUGGAUUAAGACGUAUCUAUAUCCUCGAGAUGUCAGCACGGGAUCGACAGACGGCUGCCCCGACAGAUGAUGGCAGGAGGCCUUCGGGGCCAACGUCUGUGAAGCCGUACGCGUGCGUGCUCUGCUCGCGGCGCAAGGUCCGUUGCGAUCGUCUCGUAGGUGGCUGCACGAAUUGUACAAAGGCUCGGGUUGAAUGCGUAUAUAUAGCGCCUGCACCGCCGCGCCGCCGGAAAAGAGGCGAGAAGCCGCCGGAGACAGACCUGGUGUUGAAGCUGAAACGGUAUGAAGAGCUAUUGACGAGACUUGGGGUGCGUCUUGAUGGCGAUGAGCAGCAAAGCUCCGAACAGGGAGACUCGGGCACUGCGACCGCACGCCUGGGAAAUGUCACUUUGGCGGGCGAGAAAACACCCGAUACGGACUUGGAUUCUCCUGGUCUGGAGUACGGUAUGGUGAUUGGGGACAAAGACAAUACUCGAUAUCUCGCCAAUCAGCUGUACGCAGAUGUAGGUCAGGAGUACUCAAAGGAGAUUCUCGAAGAAUCAACGGAGUCGGAGAGCGAUGAUCUGCCUUUUGAUACACCUGGAAGUGUUUCGCCCGACGCAUCAGACUGGUUAUUACGGCAUCGACGACAAGCGAUCAGCUUGACGGCAUUGCAUCCGUCGCCGGUGGUGAUAUUUCAGCUAUGGCAGAAAUUCUUAGAAAACGUGAAUCCUAUGGUCAAGGUCCUUCAUGUGCCUACCGCUCAACAAACUAUCCUAGAAGCUACGUCUAACCUGAUCAAUCUAACGAAAAGUACAGAGGCACUGAUGUUUGUGGUAUACUUUGCUGCUAUCGUGUCAUUGUCGAAUGAAGAGUGCGAGUAUAUGACCGGCGAGCCUAAAUCAGUACUUCAGACGAGAUAUCGGUUCGCAGUGCAGCAGGCUUUGGCCAAUGCAGGCCUUUUGCGGACCUCGGAACUCGUGACGCUGCAAGCGUUCCAAAUCUUCUUAUUUGCGAUGCACGGCCAAUGGGAUCCCAAAUCUUUCUGGGCAUUGACGGGCAUAGCCGUUCGCAUCGGGCAGAGGAUGGGACUGCAUCGUGAUGGAAGCAAGCUCGGACUCUCCAUUUUCCAGACUGAACUGCGUCGAAGGCUUUGGUGGGAGAUGGUGAUACAAGAUGCGCGCGCAGGCGAAAUGGCAGGCUGUGGAGGGGCGACUCUGCUCUGGGACACGCUCAUGCCGCUCAACAUCGAAGACACUGCGUUGAAUCCGAACAUGCAAGAGCCGCCUCUUGAAAGCGUGGGACCGACUGAGAUGAUAUUUCCUCGCGUGCGGUAUGAGAUUGGCGACUGGCUGAGGAAACGGACGCCUGCAUCGGCAUACCAUGGUGCGUGGGUCAGUCUCAUGUCAGCGAAUGUGUCGAAAGAGGAGAAGCAGCUUUCGAUUGAUGAACUCGAGGAUAUGUUUGAGCGGAAGUACCUUCGCCAUGCCGACAUGUCAGUUCCGGUGCAUUUCCUCGCGUUUGCUGUUGUGCGUUCGGUCAUGGCAAAGAUGCGGUUUAUGACCUUUCUUCGUGCGCACCGCCUCGGGCAGAACGGUGAAGGGCCGCAAGAGUCGCCACGCGGCGCAGGCCUGAGCGAGGAGACGCAAUUUCUUAUUGCGAUCCAGAUUGUGGAAUAUGACACGCUGAUUCAGCAAUCACCGAUCAUUGAGAGGUUCCGGUGGCAUGUGGUGCGACAAUUCCAAUGGCAGCCGUUCAUCUACCUGCUCGGCGAGUUGCGACAACGAACAAGCGGCGAAGAUGUCAACAAGGCAUGGAGGGCGAUUGGAGUGUCAUACAGUCUGCAUCCCGAGAUAAUCGCACAGACAAAACGGGCGCUGCAUGUUGCAGUGGGCGGUCUGACAUUGCAGGCAUGGGCGGCCUUUGAAGCAGCAAACGGGCGUGAUGCGUAUACCAUAGUGGGAAGUGGUAACGGCCCGCCACGAUACAUUCUCGACUUGAGAUCACAACGACGACACGCAGCGAGGGCGAAGAGCGCAGAGUCACCGUCAAAGGUAGCUACGGAGACGCAUGUCGAAGCAUAUCCAGACUUCUUUGGCUCGACUACUACAGAGCAGUAUCCGUCGAGCGCGUACAUGGCGCAGCAGCACACAUCGAUCGAGCUCGGCAACAAUUUCUAUCAAACGCCAGCCACCAUGCAGACACCAGCCACAAUAGAGACAACACCGUCAGAUGUGUUUACUGGGCUCGAUGCGGCGGCGAUUAGCACGCCAUCAUUUGGUGGUAGUGGUGAUGCUGGAGGAUAUAUGGAUAUGUCGUCUGGACCGGCGACGACGCCGUUGAAUUGGGGUGAGUGGGAGCAUUUAGUGCAAGACUUUCAGACGGAGACGUGGAACGGGUUUGAUGUAGAUGUAGAUGCAGAUAUUGGGUUGUGAAGUUGGACCUAUAGGAGGGAGCGCUUAGUACUGAGGAUAUCUCCCCGAACAUCGAUGUAUGCUUAGACGUGGCGCUGGUAGUAGUAUUGUUAGUGGCAAUGUCUAUGAAGCCGUCAGACUAUAAGAUAAUUAGCAGUGACAGCUUGCGAACAAGUAAACUGAAUCUUAUGAUAGAGUAUGUAGUAUACCGCUCGAUAUAGACAAC